GUUGUUGACAAGCCUCUGAUCAAAUUUGAAAGACCAGCACCAGCGCGCCAUGACAUGAUGACAAGCCCGUGCACUGGUUCUUCACCUAGACUUAUUUACGUUCAAGUAUGCUGAUGAUUGGUUGAAGGAUGAAGAUAAUGCAGGAAAUGUUAGCUACACCGUACAUCUUGUCAAUGAGGAUGAAGUUGUAUAUCGUUCUGUGAUCUUGAACAAGAUGACGACGAUGUGCCUGUGAGUUACAACUAACAUGAAAUGAUCCCUGAAUCUUCAGACCAAAGAACUAAACUUUUGCAUUCUGUUUAAAGUAAACUGAUGAGCUUUAAUGUUGCUGAAGAACAUUGUGGAUAGCUUUUGCACAAUGUCUUCUAGGAAAGUGCCUGAUUAUGUAAAUAUGAUCGGUCUUAGGCAAAAUCUAAUAGAACAUUAGUCUUGGUUCUCAAAUUUGAAAAGACAAUAUACAUAGCUUUCAAAGUUUUCAGUUCAGAGAUUUUUGAUAAAAAAAAAAAAUUCUGGGGUGAACAAAAAAAAAAAGUUGUUUAGAUCAUUUACAUUUUUCUUCUAAAUUUAAUUCCACAAUGUUAUGUUUUUUUUUUUACUUUCAAAGAAAAAUAGAAGUUUAAGAUGAUUUUGUCACCUUCUAUGAUGUGUGCAGCGUAUCGCAUAUCAUUUGGCCUAAAACAAAUUUGUACACGGUUGACUGAGGCAUGACCAUUCACGUUACUGAUAAGGGUUUUAAAUGACCUGGUAUUAUUACUUUUCUGAAGUAGGUGUUGAACUUUAAAAACUCCAUAACUGACUUUAUCAUCAUCAUCAUCUAACAACCCAUGCUCUGAACUUCCAAUAAAAAGACCCCAAUCGAUUUCUUCUUGUAUUACACGCAUGUAUAUAUACACACCUUUGCCUACAUCAUAUCUACUUGAUAGAUCAGUUAUCUGCAGCACAUUUAUAAUACAAUCUCUCUCUCUCUUGUUACAUACAAUUCUGUUAUUGGCUUGACGUCAUGAUUUGAAUUCUUAUCCAAUUCAAAGAACUUUUUUUCUCAUUCCUCCAAGAAUCUUGAUUUCUCACUUCCUUUUAUACUUUUGCUCUGUUUUAACAAUAAAGAUUGGUUCUGUGGUUAUAUGGAUUUAGCAUUAGGCAAAAAGGGUUUUGAUUUUGGUCUAAGAAACAAGAAGUGGAUUCUACUUGCACUAAGUGGUUAUGGCGCUUUCAGAGUUUAUCAUUCUCCUUCCAUUUCCCAGAAAAGGAAACAAAUCUCUAAGCUCCUUAACCUCGUCGAAGCAGCAACACAUUCCGCCGAAGCGGUUAACAUAAUCCCAAAGGAUCUAACGGCGUUUCUCGGCUCCGAUUCGAAUCAAAUCCCAAACAGCUUGAAACAGAUUUCCAAACUCGCCAAAUCGGAUGAGCUCAAUUCUUCUUUGACCAGAUUCACACAAACCGUAACCGUUGGCUUACUCAGAGGAUACCGGUCAGAUUCCGGUUCGGGUUUCACGGACCGGGUUAUCGAUAAGCUGUUCACGAAAUCAGGGUCCGGUUUCGCGUCUGCGGUCGUUGGUAGCUUCGCUAGAAACUUAGUCGUCGCGCUCUUUUCCUCCCGCGAAUUCUCUGAUUCGAAAUUGCUCGACGCGGUUUGCUCCGACGACGGGAGAAAUCUAAUCGGCGAUUGCGUUCAGCGUUUCGUGAGCACCGCGGUUUCGGUUUAUCUCGAUAAGACGACGGAAGUCAACGUCUUUAACGAUCUCUUCGCCGGUUUAACCAAUCCGAAACACGAACACAAGGUUAAGCAAACGUUACUAACGGUCUGUAACGGUGCGGUUGAAACGUUCGUGAGAGAGUCAGCAGACCGAUCGUUAUUUCAAACGUUGACCGUCGGAUCAAAACCGGCGUGGUUCGAUCGGGUUUCGUUGGCUGUACCGAGUAACCGGGAAUACGUGGUGGAUUUAACCGGGAGGGUGGCGUUUGAGACGGUUAGGUCGUUGUUAGAAGUGUUGGUCGAGAGAGCGAAUGGUAAAGUGGAGAGUUACGUGGAGAAAGUUAGAGAGAGAGGAAACGAAACGAGGAGAUUGGUGAGAGUUAAAUCAUCUCUACUACAUAGUUUGUGUUUACAGAUUGUCGAAGCUCCUUGGAUACUCACUCCAAGAAACUGAUCAGGCUAUAAGACAAGACACAGUUUUUUUUUUAAUUUCAAAACUAACACUGGACUUGUGUUUUGUUUGGGUGAUUCUUGGAUUCAAUCAAAACUUUUGUUUUUUUUUCUCUCUUCAAUUUGAGAAGCAAAUGAUUGUUUUGUCCUUUUUUUUUUCUCUGUGUGAUUCUGAAUGGGUGUGGGGUUACUUUGUUUGAAUGUUUUGGAUUUGUAUAUUUCGAUAUUUGUGUGACAUUAUUUGUUAUACACUUGUAUGUGUUUUGUGGAUAAAUAUGGUAUGGAACGGUGGUCGGUGAUGUGGAUGAAACGAGACCCAUAUAUGAAUAUGAUGAGAGCAUUGAGAGGUUUUCAUAUAUGUUCUUUUUUGGUCAAAAUAAGCAAACAAAGUUGAUAACUCUGUCGUCCUGAUUUGAUCUCAUUGAUCUUUAGCUUCAGUUGAACUUGCACUUAAUAUACUUUCCUCAAAUUGCAACAUCUAGUAUGCGACGCCAACAUGGCAUUUUCUGGUCGCAAAGAUCGCAUGGUCAACAAUAUUAAAAAGUUUCAAAAUUUUUAUAGGUGUUGGAGAUGGGUCUGGCACUGGACCUAGCAUAGAGCCCAAAGAAAUGUUAGACCUAAAAUCGUGUUCCGCCCACGUAAGAAAACAUAACAUACUCUAUCAAAUCAUACUUUUAUAAAGAUGAUACAAUUCAUUAAGGAUAUGCUAACUCGUUCAUAUACACGCUUUCACAAAGAUGAUCAUCCACAUUUCGAAAUCGUCACCGUAGAUCACUACCUCAAAUCUUAUUAAAGAGAUCUUGUUUUUUUUUUAACACUAAUUUAUUAUGAUCUUACAAUUAUAAUAUAAGAAAUAUUACAUAGACGAUUCGACAACCGACAAUACUACCUGCCUUAUGAAGAUCUACGCCUAACUGCAUCACCUGAGCCAUCCUAUGAAAAUCCACGUCUGGCCAGAUUUACUUGCACCAUGUUGAAGAUCCCUUGCAAGUCUUUCCUUUGUAGUCUGCAUAAUUGUUUAAUAAACCGCUCUCUUAGGGACUUGAAACCUGAAUUUCCUGUAAUCUGCAAUAAAUUGCAUAGUCUGGGAUUUGAACUCUAGACCUGGGUGUAGAAGCCUUUAAACCUUAACCAAAAUAGGCUACGGUGCAAUAAAGAGAUCUUGUUUAGACAACUUUUUUUAGUUUUUCUUAUCGCCGAGUUAUUUUGUAUUUCUGAUUAUUCGUAUGAAAAUGUCCAAACCAUUCAAACCCAAAAAUAUACUUUUUACCGAUCAACUAUGCAAUCAACAAUAGAGUAAGUGUUAACUCUACUCUAAUACCAUUAAUUACUAGCUUUUUUUCACUAAAUUGUGAAUAUCAUUAAAAUGAAAUGUUGAGGAUUGCAAAAGCCUAAUUAGGUGUUUCCUUGGCAAAAAAAGAAAUAGAAAUCAAGGAAUACGUACACAGGGAAUUGAAUUAAAUGAAGAAGUUAUCUAAUCCAUAAUGACAUAAGAAAGUUAAAAUUUCUUCUAUCCCUCGUAGCCGAGAUGGUGUUACAUGUCCCUGUCGAUGAUCUGUCGAUGAUUCUGAAGGUGGUCUUAGUCGAGGUGAAGCCACUGAGGUGAAUAGCUGAGUUGCGGCCUCCACACGUUAUAUACACUCCAAGAACUCAAGUUCUAGUUAAUUCCUAGCCUAACUCACAUCGACAAUCUUCUUUAAUUCCACAAUCAGUUUCCAGUCUUGCCACCAGACGCAAAUCAUCUAACCAAAGACCAUGAACUCGAGUUCAAGUUUUUUAAAUAUAAUUAUUUUCAGAAUGGUGAAGUUUUUAUCUUCUUUCCGAUGUGUUUGAGGGCCUUAGAGCAAGUCCAUCAGGAGUGUCUAACAAUAGGUUCCUAACAAAAGUUGAAUAAAAAUAAAUAAAAAAACCUAAAAUACUGAAGAAUCGCUGCUUAAAUUGGGCUUUCUAGAGAAGCUAAGAAGCCCUAACGUGGCAGUUUGUGAUUCGACCGCAUAUCCAUCGCUCUCUCUCUCCUUCGUCGUGAGAAAGCCGAAGGACUUUCGGUUUCAUUCUCGACAUCUCCGUCUUCUCUCUCGUGUCGAUUCUCGUAGUCUCUCUUGAAUCUCGUCGUCUCUCUCGUCUCGAAUCUCGUCGUCACGCUUGUGCUCUUGUCAAAGCUAACAAUCGUGAACAUGUUGUUGAAGUCAUUCAAGUUGAUGUGAUUAUCUCGGAGUGGAUGGGAUACUUUCUUCUGCGUGAGUCCAUGUUUGAUUCUGUGAUUUGUGCUCGUGACCGUUGGUUGAAGCCCACCGGUGUCAUGUAUCCUAGUCAUGCUCGCAUGUGGUUUGCACCUAUCAAAUCCAACAUGGCAGAUCGGAAGAAGAAUGACUUGGAUGGGGCAAUGGUUCAUUGGGAUAACUUUUCAGAUGAGAUCAAAACCUACUACGGCGUUGAUCUGAGCGUUUUAACAAAAGCCUUUUGCUGAAGAGCAAGAAAAGUAUUAUAUACAUGUAGGUCACUUUUGUAACUCUUUUUGCUGCAAUGUUUUGGUUUUAAAGACUUGAUAUAAGGUCCCUAGGUGUCUGAUGAACAAUUAGUAAACUCAACAUUUUUUCUCUGUAAUUUGAAUGAAAACUCUUUUUUUUU